AAAAGUCAUCUGUCCCUCUUCCUGUCCUCCUAUAGCAUGGCUAGAUGGAGGUUAUGGUGCUUUGGUCUAGGCCAGAUGUUUGCUGUCCUGAUUGUGGUAUCAACAAGUAUAUCCCUUGUACAAAGUAAUGACUGUCCCCAGCUGUGUGUGUGUGAGAUCAGACCCUGGUUCACGCCACAGUCAACAUACAGAGAAGCAAUCACUGUGGAUUGUAAUGACCUGCACCUGACACGCAUCCCUGGAAACCUCUCGACUGAUACUCAGGUUCUAUUGCUGCAAAGCAACUACAUUGCCAGGACCAGUGAAGAGCUGGAGCAGCUUUUCAACCUCACAGAGUUGGACCUAUCCCAGAACAACUUCAGUAACAUUCGUGAUGUUGGCCUCACAAAUAUGUCACAGCUCACAACACUUCAUUUAGAAGAGAAUCAGAUUACGGAAAUGCCUGAUUAUUGUCUACAGGACCUCAGCAACCUGCAGGAACUCUACAUUAACCACAAUCAGAUUAAUACUAUUUAUGACAACGCUUUCUCUGGACUCCACAAUUUGCUAAGGCUUCACCUUAACUCCAAUAAGCUCACAACAAUCAGCAGCCAGUGGUUUGAAUCAACACCCAAUCUAGAGAUCCUUAUGAUUGGGGAAAAUCCUGUUCGUGGAAUUGUUGAUUUUAACUUCAAGCCUCUUGGCAACCUGAGGAGCUUGGUUUUGGCAGGUAUGGAUUUGACAGACAUCCCAGGAAAUGCCUUUGUGGGCCUGGACAACCUAGAAAGUCUCUCUUUCUAUGAUAAUAGGUUAGUGAGAGUUCCCCAAAAAGCUCUUCAAAAACUGCCUAACCUCAAGUUCUUGGAUUUAAACAAAAAUCCAGUGCACAAGAUUCAGGAGGGAGAUUUCAAGAACAUGUUGAAGCUAAAGGAGCUAGGGGUCAACAACAUGGACGAGUUGGUUUCUAUCGAUCGGUAUGCUCUGGAUAAUCUUCCUGAACUCACUAAGCUGGAGGCAACGAACAAUCAUAAGUUCUCUUACAUCAACAGUCACGCCUUCCGUGAUGCCCCAGCUUUGGAGAGUUUAAUGUUGAACAACAACGCACUGAAUGCCCUCUAUCAAUCCACCAUGGAUUCUCUUCCCAACCUCCGUGAAAUCAGCAUCCACAGCAACCCCUUUCGUUGUGACUGCACCAUCCAAUGGAUGAGCACCAACAAAACUACCGUCCGUUUCAUGGAACCGUUAUCAAUGUUUUGUUCCAUGCCGAUGGAAGUCAGGGGUAAGCACGUCCAGGAUGUUGUGCAAAAUAACCUAGCAAAUCAAUGCUUGCCAAUGAUUAGCCAUGAUACAUUUCCCACAUACCUCAACGUAGACAUUGGCACCAGUCUAGACUUGGACUGCAGAGCCAUGUCGCAGCCUUGGCCAGAAAUCUAUUGGGUGACACCAACAGGGGCCAAGAUCAUGAUAGACAGCUUAUCUGAUAAAUACAGCCUCAGCAGUGAAGGUACAUUGAGGAUUUCACACAUUCAGGUUGAAGACUCUGGCAGGUACACCUGUGUGGCUCAGAAUUCCCAGGGAGCCGACACAAGAGUGACAUCCAUACGCGUGAACGGCACUCUGCUAGACAACACUCAGUUUAUGAAAAUUUCUGUCAAACGGGCGGAUUCCAACUCAAUUCUGGUCUCCUGGAAAGUAAACUCCAAUGUAAUGACUUCUGACCUUAAGUGGUCGUCUGCCACCAUGAAAAUAGACAACCCACAUAUUACGUACACUGCCAAGGUUCCUGUAGAUGUUCAUGAGUAUAACCUCACUCAUUUACAACCUGCGACCGAGUAUGAAGUUUGCCUCACUGUCUCUAACAUCCACCAACAAACACAGAAGUCAUGCGUGAAUGUAACGACAGAACAAGCAACCUUCGCCGUGGAAGUGUCUGAUCAAGCGACCAACGUGGCUCUGGCAGCAGUUAUGGGGACAAUUUUAGCAAUCAUCAGUUUGACAUCCCUGAGUGUAUACAUUGCCAAGCGCUGGAAAAGGAAAAACUAUCAUCAUUCCCUGAAAAAGUACAUGCAGAAAACCUCAUCCAUACCGUUGAAUGAGCUGUACCCCCCUCUUAUCAACCUGUGGGAGGCUGAUAGUGAAAAAGAAAAAGAAGGCUCCUCUGAGAGCAAACCUAGCCAGGUGGACACAACACGCAGCUACUACAUGUGGUGA